AUCAAUUUCAAAUUCCGUAAUUAAUUAUUAGUGUGCCAAAAAUCAUUCCCAUGAUUCAACAUUCCCAGUUGACAAUUCUGCACUUUUAAAAAAGUCCAAAUUUUGACCUUCAAACUUUUUAUUUUUUUUAUUUUUUUUAUUUUUUUAUUUAAACUCUGCAUUUCUUUAAUAUUUUUUAAUGGAGUAUAAAAGUUAGUUCCACCAAUUCCAGAUUAAACAUUCAUAAAACAUAAACCAUGGCAUUAACACUAAUCUUCACCAUCUUCCUUUCAACAACCAAAGCAGAAAACAACAAACUAUUUAGAGAAUACAUAGGAGCAGAAUUCACUAAUGUCAAAUUUUCAGAUGUACCCAUUAACCCAGAUCUUCAAUUCGAUUUCAUUCUUUCUUUUGCAAUCGAUUACACAAAUUCAGCUUCUUCCCCAACUCCCACAAAUGGCAAAUUCAACGUCUUUUGGGACACUAAAAAUCUCUCUCCUACCAAAGUUUCCUCCAUCAAAAGCAAGCACCCAAAUGUCAGAGUUGGGUUAAGCUUAGGAGGUGACAGUAUCUUCAACAACCCAGCUUAUUUCCAGCCAAAAUCAAUCAAUUCCUGGGUUUCAAACGCUGUUUCUUCAUUGACGCAUAUCAUCGAACACUUUAAGCUCGAUGGUAUCGACAUCGAUUAUGAGCAUUUCAAAGGCGAUCCUGAGAUGUUUGCUGAAUGUAUUGGACAAUUGAUAUCGAUACUUAAACGAAAAGGGUUGGUGAAAUAUGCAUCGAUUGCUCCAUUUGAUGAUCAAGAUGUACAAAAUCACUACCAAACUUUGUGGAAGAAAUAUGGGCAUGUUAUAGACUAUGUUAAUUUCCAGUUUUAUGCGUAUGAUAAUAGCACAACAAUUCCAAAGUUUAUUGAUUAUUUUGAGCAACAAAUGGAGAAUUAUAAAGGGGGUAAGAUUUUAACAAGUUUUAUUAGUGAUGGAAGCAAAGGAUUAGCUCCUACAAAAGGGUUUUUCUCAGCUUGUGAAAUGCUCAAGAAAAGGCAACAACUUUUUGGGAUUUUUGUUUGGUGUGCUGAUGAAUCAAAGAAUUUGGGUUUUCGAUAUGAGAAACAGGGUCAAAAUUUGCUAGCUUCUCUUUGAUUUCAUUAUAAUUUUCAUUUGAUUAACUUUUGAAUGAUCAUGGUAAUUAAAUAUAGUGUACUUACCAUUUUCGAAGAGUGACUAAGUAGUUAGUAAGUCAUUAGUAUGUGUUAUGUACGUGUGUUUAAGUUAUUUCUACUUUUCUAUGUCGUCAAUGUAUAAGCAAUUAACUGUUAGUCGCUCAAUACUCAAUGUUUCUCCUCUCUAUUUAUUGAAACAUAUAUUGGUCAAUGAAAUUUGGAUGUUUCUUUUAA